AUGUCGGUAUAUUCGGAUAUCAGAUCUUCCCGAAUCCCGAUGAGGGUCAGGUGGAACACAGAUGAUGGGGCCGAACUGCGCAAGAAGAUGGAACUUUUGCAAAUAAAAAAGCAAAUAGAAAUCCUUUCUACUUUUUUGCCGGACAGCAUCAUCAACUUGGCGAGGGAGGAGCGCGAGAAAGGCGAUCAGUUCUCCGGGGUGGUUCUGCUAAUAGAGAUUACCGGCUGCGCACACAUGUGCGAAAAGUACAACAAAAACGAUGGUGGAGGCAUACACAGAUUAACGAAUACUUUGAACGCAUAUUUGGGCGCUAUAAUAGAGGCGGUCUAUUUCUUUGGAGGCGACGUUCUGCAUUUUAUAAACGAUGGUUACCAGUGUAUUUGGAGGGCGCAAUCCAGCGAAUGCUUGCACGAAGUCAUACACAAUGUUAUAGUGUGUUCUAUAUACAUCAGAAACACUUUUGGAGGUUUUCAGACAGAAGUUAAUGUUCCUUUGAAUAAGUUAGAAGUAGUGUCGAAUAUGUGCCAGAAACACCUAAAACACAGAGAAACCCUUCACAAACUAAGAAAAUUUAACGACACUCUCACCGACUUCAAAAUAACAGAAAGCUUUAUGCGAAAUCUUCCACCAAGAAUGUCAGUUACCAAUGCGGCUCAUAACUGGAUGACCAGCGAGCUUAAGCCGUUUGUUAUAACACCCAUAUCAUAUCAAGUGGAUGAAAAGUUAGCUGUGGAUUAUCUAACAGAACUGCGUGAAAUAACUUUGUUGUACAUCUAUAUUGUUCCGGCAGAUCUUAAGCCCGAAACCUUGAUUCAAACCAUCAACGAUUCGCACGAUAUAAUCUGCAAGUAUGUCUCUUACUUUCUAGGACAGGUUGUCAAUGUAGUUAUAAUAGAAAAAGGCAUUCGUGUUUUGGCUUCUUUUGGUUUCCGUGGCGUCAAACACGAAUUGGAAAGUAGAAAUGCCUUAAGAAGUGCAAAUAAAAUCGCCAAUUCCAUCAGAAGCACCAUAAAUGUUGUAAGUGUUUCAAUAAGUGCAACGAUCGGUUUUUUGUACUGUGGCGUCUUGGGUCAUCCACAUAGACGCGAAUACUGCCUGAUAGGAAAAAGUAUACGGAAAUCAUGGAAGUAUUUAACCUUAUACCCCAACCAAAUUGUAUGUGACUAUCUGACAUUCAAAAACUCAAAGCUAUCGUCAUCAUACUUCUUCACUCUAACGCCAAACCAAAACAUAUUGAACGAAGUCGCUUUUAGAUACAAGGAAGAAUGUGAUUUAAUCUACUUUGAGCCCAGUAAUAAACCUCUACUUGGUAGAAAUAGUUAUAUGGAUUUUAUAAACCUACUUGUCCAUCAACCUCAUAAAAUCGGCCAUGUAUGUGGGGUAUGUUUCAAGGGGCCACAUGAUAUAGGUGUAAGUAAAAUACUAAAGACUGCUCUAACUAAAUAUGGCAAUGGCGAUGGUUACACUGUAGGUGCUGUGGAGCUUAUUGGAAAACAAAGACCAUACUACACAGUUUCAGUUAUCUACAGUCAAAUUUACAAUAAGUAUGCUGAAGUUGACAGCCCUUAUUUCAGCGUUAUAAAAGAUAUGCCAAGGGAGUUGUGGAAUUUCAAUGAAAUCGUCCAGAGAGAUGGAAAGUUAAGCGCUAAAGUUUACUCUGAAAGAAAGUAUAAGAUAUUCGAUCUAUUCAAAGCUAUCUGUAAGGGAGAUUCCACAACUAUAACCAUAUUAUUUAUAGAUAAUGUCCAGUACAUCGACAAAAAAAGUUUCGAAGUAAUACAUGCAGCUAUGGAUGAAAAAGUAGUACGCUUAGUUUGUGGGGGAUGUUUUGAACAAUCUAACUGGGACACUCUCUGGAAAUUCUCGCUCAGUAGCCUUAUAAAAGUCAUGGAGGUCAACCCCCUGCAAGAACUCUACGUGGCACCUUUGCUAUGCCGAAUGCUAAACAUUAAAGGUGUAUCGAAAAACCUGGUUUCUUUAAUUGUAAAAAGUUUUGAUGGUAAACCAGGUUACAUCGAAAAAAGCAUUUUAAGACUCCUUAACACCAACUGUAUACAGAUGCAGUAUAUUAUAUCGGAAAAAGCUAAAAACAUUAAAGAAAUUAUAAUACUGAAUGAGAAGGAUUCAGAUAUAGAAAUUAAUAAAACCAGUGAUAUAUCCGAUGAUUCUGCAAAGGAAACUGGAGAAGAUAUUAUACCGGUGGCAAUUUUCAUCGAUACCAUUACAGAGAUAGGAAACCUAACUCUGGAUGCUAUAAUUUUUGAAGAGUACAGUAUAUUCACGGAGUAUCAACAGUUAGUCAUCAAAACCAGUUCAGUACUAGGGGAGUCGUUUACAAGAGCACUCCUAAUGAUAGCCCUAAAAGAUCCCCAUGAUCAACUAUUUGCAAACACCAUAAAAACAUUGUUCGAAGAAAACAUAUUGGACUGCGGUUCCAAAUACAUGAACGCUAUAAACCAGGAAAUCAAACCCCUAGUAUGCCAAUGCUUCCAGUUCGAUAAAGAAAACCAGCAACUUUUUGGUUUGCCAAAGUACGCUUUCUGUAAGUUCUUGUAUUUUAAAAACAAAACCUUGAGAGCAUUUGCCUACAAUCUAGUUCCGGCAUAUCAACGCAGAGAAUUACACAUUAUAGCAACCGAAAUCAUAGAGAACCAAAACAAUAAAUGCCCCUACUGCAGCAACGAUAGCUCAGGCCAAUUCAUAGUGAUGAGGAAAUUCGAUGAGUUGGCCGAUGCUUGUAACGAAGGCCUGAUGAAAACUCCGCUUCCGAAAUGUUUGGAUAAAGAAUCCAUUGACGAUGAAGUUCUGAAGGGCUGGGUACGCCAAGGUUUAGUAUUCGCCACUCAAAACCACGCAGUUAAAAUACCGCAGCGAAAGAGAUUCGAUUCCACUGAAUGCUUCUGUUUGGAAAUGCUCACCAAAGUUUACGCCGACUUGGUUUAUCACAGCAAGUGCGCCGAACAUUUAGGAAGAAUCAUAUUUUUCCAAAUACAGUACGGUCAAAUAUUGUUGACUAUGAAUGCGGCUGAAGAUUGUAUACCUCUUCUGACCGAGGCUAGUGAGUUGUGCAUGUUUAACUCCAAGAUGCAGUAUUUGACAGAAGACUUCCGUAAGAUAACCUUGGGAAAAAUACAUAUGCUACUAGCAGAGGCACAUUUGAAUUUGGAUAAUAUAUCCAUAGCCAAAAACCAUAUAGCAAUUAGCCUAAGACAAUAUGAUUCCCCCAUGCUAUCAGUGAUAUGUAAAGUCCCAAACAAAAUUCUGACAGCGACAUGCCUAAAACGCGGUAACUCUGCAGUAAGAAAGCCUAAAAUGAUCCCCUUUGUAAAGGCCGAUUUCGGGUUGUGUAUGAACUUGUUUAGAGCUAUGACAGCUGAUAUCUACGAUACAAUUAAAAUGGGUUAUAGAACCAUAGAAAUGAAUUUGAUGUGUCAAUCGUUCCAAACCUUGAUACGAAUGUUGCCUGUACUAAGUUCUCUACUACUUAUAGUGCAAAGAAUUCAGGACGCGGUCCAACUAGCUGUAAUGUUAUGUGGCUAUUCCUCGAAGUACGAUCAAUGGGCGUUUAUAGGUUACUUCGCUUUUUGUAUGGAGUUAAGUUUAGAAUGUAGCUUCUUUUUAGAACCAAUGGACAAAAUAUUAAAAUUCGUCCAUAUAUACUACAUGGAUCAAGGAAAAAUGGUGGAAUCCAAUAUAGAUAACAAACUCAUUCUUCUUAUAGUUAACUAUUACUUAAAGAACGGCCAAGUGAUAGAAUCUAGGAAGUGGAUGUUACUUUACAGAGACCUGUUUGAUGACGAAUUUAAUUACAUUUCCAUAACCAACCUAUUGAAGCGUUUUGAGAACGAGUUAUUAUCAAUAAUUAUGUGUCUUGUCUAUAAAUUCACUGGAAGGGAAGACCACGAAAAUGUCGCAGUUAUAUUAAACAAACAAUGUUCGAUAGCCUCAAGUAAAUGGAGACGCUUCAAACCUAGAUACCUACAUCUCAAGGCUUACUACAUGCUGGUUAGACGAAGCUCAUUUAGUUGGAAAAUGCUGCUGAAAAAAGCUUUACACGAGGCAAGAUUGCAGAAAAAUAUUUUAGAACAAAGUUGGAUUAUUAUUAAUCGGGGUUCGUGGAAAUUCAGUUUGGGUACAGAGUCAAAAGAGUUAAAAGAGUUUUCCUGGACUUUGGCGUCUCAAUAUUCACCUCUACAUUGGGCGCAAAUUAUGAAACCCUUACCUAUAUUAUAG